AUGUCGAAAGACGAUACAGAAAGUUCAGCAAGCCCAAUGAAUCCUGGGGUGAAGCAGCCUGAUCCUUUGAAAGUGGAACCUGAUAUGGAGAUGCACAUAACCUGGAAACACUGGGAAAAUUUGUUUUCAUGGUACUGCAAAGCUAUCCAGCUUAAAAAGUCCCCAAAGGAAGUGCAAGCAGCAGUCCUAAUGACUGUAAUAGGCCCCGAGGUGACAGAUAUUUUCGAGUCUUUCAAUUUGUCCGAGUCAGAGAAGGGAGACAUGGAUGUCAUACUGAAAAAGUUCAGAGAAUAUUUCAGUCCGAAAUGCAACGAGAUCUAUGAGUCUUACCAAUUCUUUCUCAUGAGACAAAAUCCUGAUGAAAAAUUUCACGACUUCUUGGUACGAGUACGUGUUCAGAUAAAGAAAUGCAAUUACGCAGCUGGCGUAGUUGACAGACUCAUUCGAGACAAAAUUGUUUCAGGAUUGAGUUCAGAGAGACUUAAAGAGAAACUACUUGCGGCUGACAAUCCCAGUUUGAAUGAGACUAUAAAAGUUUGCCAGGCGUAUGAGCAGGCCAGUCGACAGAUGAAAAAGAUGAAUUCUGAAAAAACAGAAAAUGAAAUCGCUGCUGUCGAAAAGUCAGGGGAUUCUAAAUCUGCCAAGAGUAAAGCAAAGGGACAUGUCAAAGAGGCUUGUAGAUCUCGUCGCAAAGUGCAGAAGGUUUCCCAGGAGGAUGAAGAGGACGAAGAUGAAUCAUCUGAUGAAGCUGAAGUGGAAGAAUUGAAAAUUUUCUCUGUCACGGGCAAACAUUCCAGUGAUUGGACCGAAGAGCUCCAGUAUCAAAACAAAAAAUUCAGGGUAAAAAUUGAUACCGGAGCAGAAUGUUGUGUGCUGCCGAUGAAGAUCUUGAAGCGCUUGGGAGUGGAAAAAGUGACAAAAACUGGAGUGAAAAGGCUUAUUUCAUAUGAUGGCGGUAGUAUUGACGUUGUUGGAAAAGUGAGGUUACAGUGUCUUGUCAGAGGGAAACCUAUUAAAGUUGUGUUUCAAGUGAUAAACAAAGACUGUACCCCUGUGAUUGACGGAGAUACAUCAACCAGAGCUAAAAUUAUCCAGAGAGUGAGUUCAGUGAGAGAAGACAUUUUUCAAGGAUUGGGAUGUGUGAAAGAUUUCGUUUACGACGUCGAUUUAUGUGACAAUCCCAAGUGGCAGAUUCAUAAGCCCAGAACAAUUCCUCACUCAGCUCGUGACGACGUGAAGGCAGAAAUUGACAAAAUGGUCCACAUGAAGGUAAUCCAACCCUGCACAGAGCCCAGAGAGAUGGUAUCUCCACUUGUGAUAGUACGGAAAAACGGCAAGUACAGAGUUUGCAUAGAUUUAACGGAUGUCAAUAAGAAUAUCAAACGAAGGCAUUUUCCACUAAGAACUCUUGAUGAAAUUGUAGCCAGAAUAUCCGGAAGCAAGAGAUUCACGAAGUUGGAUUGUACAAAGUGUUUCUGGCAGCUAAAAGUGUCCGAAAAGACAUCAAAGAUUCUCACCUUCACAACUCCUUGGGGAAGAUAUGAAUGCUUGCGUCUUCCAUUUGGUCUUGCCUCUGCGCCCGAGAUAUAUCAACAAAUCAUGGAAGGUAUGCUUGGACACCUGGAAGGUGUUGAAGUUUCGAUGGAUGACGUGUUGAUUCAUGCAGAGACACCGGAAAAGCUGGCUGAGAUCACAGAAAAGGUAGUUCAGAUUCUUUCAAACAAUGGGCUCAAAUUGAAUAAGGAAAAGUGUGAGUUUAAUCAGUCAAAAAUUAAAUUUCUGGGUCAUGUUUUUACUGAAAAGGGGUUGGAGGUCGAUCCUGAAAAAGUUGAGGCAAUAAAAAACUUGAGAAUUCCAAAGGACAAAGAGGCAUUGCAGAGGCUUUUGGGCGCUGUCACUUAUUUGGGGAAAUUUGUACCAAACCUGUCUCAAAUAACUAGUCCUUUGCGAGAGCUUCUCAAGAAAGGUACAGCGUGGCACUGGGAAAUUCAACAUGAACAAGCGUAUCACAAAAUUAUCGAGGCCUUGGUCAAUGCUCCGGUGCUUCAAUUUUAUGACGUCAAGGAAGAUGUGACACUUUCCGUCGACAGUUCGUCUAAAGCUUUUGGAGGAGUGUUAAUGCAGAACGGACAUCCAGUAGCAUAUGCGUCUAAAUCCCUCACCUCUAGUGAGCAAAAUUGGCCCCAGAUUGAAAAGGAGGCUGCAGCGAUCAGGUAUGCUUGUGCAAAAUUUCAUGACAUGAUUUGGGGCAAGAAAAUUGUGAUUGAAACUGAUCACAAACCCCUUGAGAGCAUUUUUAAGAAAACACUUACCCAAGCACCUCCACGUCUUCGCAGAAUUCUAUUUGAUGUAAAACCCUACAAUCCCACUAUUGUCUAUAAGCGUGGCAAAGAUAUACCGCUAGCAGAUGCUUUAAGCAGGGACUCAGAAGGUUCAGGUGACGGUAAUUCUGAGGAGCAAUGCGAAGUAUUACUUACUCUUUGUCUGCACGGGGGAGCAAAGGAGCGAUUCACGAAAGCUACAGAUGCUGACAAAGAAAUGCAAACCUUGAAAAAAUUUAUCCUCAAAGGUUGGCCAGGAAGUCAAAAGGAAGUCCCAGCAAUUAUCCGACCCUACUUCACGCACAGAGAUGAAAUUUCUAUGGCAGAGGGGUUAAUAUUCAAAGGUGAUAGAUGCGUGGUGCCACCAUCAGAACGAAAAAAUGUUCUUAAGAACAUUCACAAUGGACAUUGGGGCAUUCAAUCGUGCUUGAGAAGAGCGAGAGAGUUUGUUUAUUGGCCCAAGAUGAAUGAAGAAAUCUGUGAGAUGGUCAAUAGAUGUUCAGUAUGCGAAAAACAUCAAAAUUUGCCACCCAGAGAAGAACUCAAGAUGAAAGAAAUUCCCAAAGCACCGUUUCAGAUCGUGUCAACAGAUCUAUUCAGUCUUAAUGGAGAUGAAUAUGUACUCCUGGCUGAUUCUUUCAGCGGGUAUUUCGAUUUUAAGAAGCUCAGGACCACUUCAUCAGAGGCAGUCAUAACUUUUCUUAAGGAGAAGUUUUCGGAUUGGGGUAUACCAGAACAAGUUCAUUCAGAUGGAGGACCGCAAUAUGCAUCUCGUGAGUUCAGGCAGUUUUCCGCAGAUUGGGGGUUUGAGCACAUCAUAUCGAGUCCAUAUUUUCCCCGUUCAAAUGGCUUGGCUGAAAGAUAUGUACAAACAGCCAAGAAAAUGAUUAAGAAGUGCAUUGCUGACAAACAGGAUAUACGUUUGGCACUUCUUAUGUCCAGGAUAACACCGGGAAAUGGUCUCAAGUCCGUCGGAGAAAGGAUUUGUGGGAGAAAAUUGAGAAACCCUAUCUCAUUUGAGCGAUUUAGUUCCCCACAAUUGGAACAGCAAAGCGAAGUGCUGUUGAAGGCAAGAGAGAAACAGAAGAUAAACUCAGACAGAGGGGUCACUGCGAAGAAGCAUAAGCCUUUGUGUGUGGGUGAUCGAGUUCGAGUAAAGGAGUCAUCUGGGAACUGGAAGUUUGGUAGGAUCAAGGAGAAGUGCACAGAGAGAUCCUACUUAGUAGGUCUCGAUGAUGGCAAGACAAUACGAAGAAAUUCGAAGUUUAUUCAUCCUACCAAAGUAGAGGCUUCUAUCGUCUCAGAGCCUGACAACAGUUGCCUGAUUGACAUUGUUCCUGAUCGUACCACACCUGAGCGGGUUGCAGCGUCUCCUCAACACCAAUCACCACCUCCGGGAACACCACGAUCCCGUUUUGGAAGACCUAUUCAGGCUGACCGCCUCGCAGUGGCAGGAGCGAAGACCGUAUUCAUCGGUCCCGAGCCUGCCGUGGGAGUGUCGCCCCAAAUGAAGAAAACCAUCAUUGGGGAGGAUUUACUCGCACAACAUCAAGCGGUCUGGGCGGCUACAGGCAACUGUCGCGUGUCCAGACUGUUCAUGCCACUUGUGGACAGGAAAAGGACGGAGUACCUGGUGAGCAGUAACCGCUGCAAAGCGCGGCGAUUUGCUGAUCUUCUCACUGGACACUGUCUAAACAAACACCUCAACAGAUUGGGUGUUGAGUGUAAUCCAAUCUGCAGAGGUUGUAACAACGCUGAGGAAACGGUCCUACAUUACGUAUGUGACUGUCCCAGCCUUUACAACACCAGACGAGCGCUACUUGGAAAAGUGGUGCUCGACUGGAAUGAUCUACCAAAAUUGAAGCCGGCUUGUCUAAUGGAAUUUAUCCGAAGGACUGGCUGGCUCAAUACACAAAACCCCUGGCGAGUCGGCGAGGACAUCGUGCACAAGGAGGAUGGAGCGGCUGAAGCUGAGGCUGGAGCUGAAGGUGUAUGGAUGGACGCCGCUUGCUGCCCCCAGAAUGAAUCUAUCUAUCUAUCUAAUCCUGCAGAGCCCAAGGAUACGACAAUGCUGCAACAAUGUCAGGUGUUCAUGGUGGAGUUCAGAGAAAAAUUUUGGAAAUAA